UCUCCGAUCGGCCGCUCCUGUUGCCGGAAGGGGGAGGGGUGAAGGGCUCCGCUCCCGGGCCCCGACCCUCGCACCGCCCCCCCCCUUCGGAACUUCCUCCUUCCUGGCAUGGGGGACCAUUUGGGCCCGAUCUCGACCGCCUUCUCCUCUCCCACCAUGGACGAUCUUCUCCCACUGAUCUUCCCGCAAAACUGGGGUCUUCAGGACCCUGCCCCCAGCACUCCUUUCGUGGAGAUCAUUGAACAGCCCAAGCAGCGGGGCAUGCGUUUCCGCUACCAGUGCGAAGGACGCUUGGCUGGCUCCAUUCCUGGAGAACGCAGCACAGACACCACAAAGACGCACCCCACCAUCAAGAUUCAUAACUAUGUGGGUCCAGGCAAGGUCCGAAUCUCCCUGGUGACCAAGGAAACUCCCCACCGGCCCCACCCCCAUGACCUAGUGGGGAAAGACUGCAAAGAGGGCUUCUACGAGGCAGAGCUGGCACCAGAGCGCUCCAUCCACAGCUUCCAGAAUUUGGGGAUCCAAUGUGUGCGGAAACGAGACCUAGACAAAGCUGUGGCCAAACGAAUUGAAACCAACAACAAUCCUUUCAAUGUGCCCGUGGAAGAACUCAAAGGAGACUACGACCUGAAUGCUGUUCGGCUCUGCUUCCAGGUGUGGAUUCGAGAUGCAGCCAGCGGCCACUUGGUUCAGCUGCCCUUGAAUGUGUCGCAGCCAAUCUAUGACAAUCGUGCCCCCAACACAGCCGAGCUGAAGAUCUGCCGUGUGAACCGUAAUUCAGGGAGCUGCUUAGGAGGAGACGAGAUUUUCCUUCUCUGCGACAAAGUGCAGAAAGAGGACAUUGAAGUCCGCUUUUUCAAGGAUUCCUGGGAAGCAAAGGGCUCCUUCUCUCAAGCUGACGUCCACCGCCAAGUGGCCAUUGUCUUCAGGACUCCCCCUUACAUGGACCAAACCCUCCGUGAGCCAGUGACAGUUCAGAUGCAGCUGCGCCGUCCAUCAGACAAGGAAGUUAGCGGCUCCAUGGAAUUCCGCUACCUCCCUGAUGAAGGUGAUUUCCAUCGCAUUGAAGAGAAACGCAAACGAACCCUUGGGACCUUCAAGAACUUUGUGCAGAAAGCACCCUUUGCAGUAAACCUUCCGGAAUCCCGCUCCCCGCGCCGUAUUGCUGUUCCAAAACAUGGCUCAGCCCGGCCUAGCACUGGAGGUGUUCCAGGGCUCCUAGGAGCUCCAGGCCAACUCCCAUUGUCCAUUACAAAACCACAGACCAUGCCCCAGGCUUCCUCAGGCUUCUCCUUCCCUGGGUCCAGCCAUGCCCCUCCUCCGGCGACAGCCACACAGUCCGACUUCAGCACAGUAAACCUGGAAGAUCUGUCCGGCCUGGGCGUGUCGCAGAGGGUCCAGCCCUCUGAGUCAGACGCGGAGACCAGCAUUGCAGACGCAAUCCUGCACCUUCACUUUGAGGGAGGAGAUGGGGGAGCCAUGGAGCUCAGCGGGAUCUUGGAUGACGCCCCCUACACCAGCUUGGAGGGGAUCAACACAGCAGAUUUCCACAAGCUCAUCAUGGAGGGGAACGUCCCCACGUCUCUCCCGGGCAACCAGGGCACUCUGCUCACUUACCCCGAGUCCAUCACGCGCCUGGUGAGCCAGCGGCGGGCAGAAGGUGAGGCUGGCGAUGGCAACGGUGGCGGCGGAGGGGGCAGCUCGGCCAGCAGCUUCAUCAACGGCAUUUUGGGGGCCCUUCCAGGUGAGGACAGCUUCUCCUCCAUGGUGGACCUGGACUUGAACUCUCUCCUGAACCAGCUGAAUUCAUAAUACGCUCUCCCCCGGACUUGGGCUCAGACACCAACUGUCUUCUGCCCGUGCCUGACUUUGCAAUUUGUACUCCCCUUUGGUGGCUUCUUGUAGCCAGACUUCUGGGUGGGGCCACCUUCAGCCGGGCUAGCCAGCUGGCUUCUUGGAACUGGGAUUGGUUCUGCUUAACCUAACCUACCUGACCCCAGAUCAGGGGACCUGUGCAUGGCCGGUUGCUUGGGGUAGUUGUUCCGCUACUCAGCGCAGAGGCUGUUACUCUUCCAGAUAUGUAUUAACAUUUUUUGCAGGGGAAGAGAGAGGAGGGAUUCAACCCCAACUGCUGCUCAGAUGGGUAUUUUUACAUCAACUGGUUAGUCUUGCUGACUCCUUUAUUUUUGACAGAUUUCCUGUGCCUUAAGAACUACACAACAAGUAAUUUCUCAGUAAAUGCAGCUCUUAGUAUCACACAGCUCUUCCUUGGAAUGGGAGGACUGGGCAAAUUUGGUGUCUCUGUGCUGAGGCACUCCUAUGGAAGACCUAAUCCAUACCUGACUUAUCUAAAAUAGUUUGCAAAAAAAAAAAAUCCCACUAGAAUGCCUUAAAAUAUUGUUCCAGCUUUCUGGGAAAUAUCUAACUAUACAACCUCCACCCAUCCUGCUCCUUGUCUCAAGAGUUCUUAGUCUCUCUUGGGUUCUGCUAAAACUACUUUGGAACAGAAGCAGAAAAGGAGGAAGGGCCUAGAGUAAGUCACUGCAGAGAAGGAAGCAAAAGGUCUUGCAGCAUGAGGUGGUUGGAGUUUGGGUGUAUGUACUGUAGGCAGUGCCCCCCCAACCUUUUUGGCACCAGGGACCAGUUUUGUGGAGGACAAUUUUUCUAUGGACUGGUGGGGGGGGGGGGCGCACUGGGCUUUUUGCCACCCCAGGCUGCUUUCCAUGUAGAAGGUCCCAGAUUCAAUCCUCAGCAUCUCUAGUUACGAGGACCAGGCAGUAGAUGAUGAUGGGAAAGACCUCUGCCUGAGUCUCUGAAGAAGAGCUGCCAAUCUGAGGUGAUACUGGCUCUGAUGGGCUAAGGGUCUAAUUAAGUAUAAGGCAGGUUCCUGUGUUCAGACCGUUGGUGUCUUCUUGACUCCUUAUCUAAGUUCCUCUUUGCCAGAAAUUUAAAAACAAAAAACGGGUUAUAUGACAGGUGAUGGUAGGGAGUGGGUUUUUUCUUUCUCUUACCCCCCACUGGUAAAACUGACUGAGCUAAGAUGCUAGCUUUCUAGAAAGGGAAAGAAGCCCACCAAUCAAGUUGCCUACACUCAAAUGGUUUAGGGAAGAGUAUUGGUAAGCCCCUUAAGCUGAAAUGUUGCAGAAAUGAGUAGUGGUUUCUGCACCUACCAACCCAUUUUUUUUUUGCCUUGUUUUAUACUAUUUUUGAGGGGUUUGGGGCUAAAAUUGCUUGACCACUUAAGGGCUUUUAUUAUCAGAAUUGCCUGUUUUUCUCUUUGUAUCUGAACUGGUGCACUUGCUGUUUUCUAUAUAACAAGCUCCUAAUAAACUCAAGAACAUUCUACUA